AUGGGCUCAAUCUCAGAACCAACCCUCUCUAUCUCGAACCCAUUCAGGACCCGCAUCUUGAAUGGCGAGAUCACACCACUAUUGUCCGUGAAGUACAUGACCGGCAAUGAAGUUGCCAUGAUGGCCAAGAUGUCCGGCCUCCACGGUCUCUUUAUCGACAUGGAACAUUCAUCAUUGGAUCUGCAUGCUGUUUCACAGCUCAUCCUAGCCUGCAACUACGUCGGGGUCUCUCCAGUGGUACGGUCACCUUCUAAGUCUCACUGGCACAUAAGCCGACUUCUCGAUGCCGGCGCCGCAGCUGUCGUCAUUCCGCAUAUCGAGAGUGUCCAAGAAGUACGCGAUCUAGUCCACCAUGCUAAAUACGCGCCGCUUGGUGCACGUGGUUGCACGAACAACCUCCCGAUUUUCGAUUUCCAACACAUCCCGACAACAAAGCAGAAUGAGACGCUCAACCGGGAAACCAUGUUGAUUCCUAUGAUCGAGACACCUGUGGCUGUGGAAUUGGCCGAGGAGAUCUUGGGCGUGGAAGGAGUGGACGGUGUGUUGGUCGGAUCAAAUGAUCUUUGCGCUGAUCUUGGCAUUCACGGGAAGUACGAUGAUCCCAAGUACUUGGACUCGGUUGUCAAGAUUAUUGAGGCCGCCAACAAGGUUGGGAAGCCUGUGGGAAUCGGUGGAAUCGGUGGCCGACUUGAUAUCCUGGAGAGAUGGUUCUCCCUCGGCGCUACUUGGUCAUUGAGUGGCGCUGAUGGAGCAAUCCUGCAGAAUGGCAUGAAGCAGAUCACAAAGAACUACGAUGAGAUCAACCGGAGAGUACAGAAGAUUCUGGAAUAG